AUGACUCGGUACAUGGACUUCUCUAUCUGUUUCAGAGUGUUUGAUUUAUGCCUGCAAGAAGAUUUUCUCAGUGAUAGGAUGAAGUUUCAGACAAAAAAUGUUGAAGGUUUCAUUGUUCUUAGUUCUUUUAGCACUCAGUGCAGCUCUUUCCCAGUGGAACCAGCAGAGGCAUUUAGCUGUGCCAAUAUCAUGCCAGCUGUGGAACAGUGUGCCUCUUUUGCCACCGGCCGGGUGGCUCGGCCAUCUGGUGGCUGCUGUAAUGAGCUGAACCGCCUUCCAGGAAUGACCAGAACAACUGCAGACAGGCGACCAGCAUGCAACUGCUUGAAGCAAAUUGCUCCUCAAUAUCCAGGUGUAAAGGACUCUUUGCUUCUUGCCCUCCCUCAGAAAUUUGGAGUGACACUGUCCUUCAGUAUCACUAGAAAUACAGACUGCAACAGAGUCACAUAAAAGAUGAAUCCAUGUGGAAAACAAUCAAGUUUCGUGGCCCUUUUGUAAGUGAAACCUUGAUUAACUAGAUGACCUGAUGUUUUGUAAAUAUUAAUAAAUCUUUGUUGAUAUAAAA